AUGAACAUGCAACAUAUGUCAACCCGACUGAGUUGGGCGAGUGGUUAGAAUUUCGUGGUUGAGGUGCCCAUGGUGCCAAUACGCCCGGGUUCGAAGCCUCACGCUGCAAACAAUUCUCUCGGGCCACUGGGGCAUUAUUACAUGGAGCUCGUCAGCGCCAGGAGGGGGAUUAGUCCUUUGGGCCUAGAAAGCCUUUGGGGAAACCCUGAAUUCCUUAAAAUUCAAAAAAAAAAAAACAUAUGUCAUAAGAUAUUACAACAAAAAUCAACGGAUAUCCACUAAGGAAAAGUUAUAACCUAAUCAUGUAAAUUGCCAUUAAUUAAUAUACUUAUAAGCCUAAAUCAUUAGGUUUUGCUAACACUUUAUAUUCAUUUGUUUUCUUAAUCAAAACGUAAAAGUAGAUGUGAAUUUAUCUUUUUCUCAAAAAAAUAGAUGUAAAAUCUUUAAUUAACAAGACGUCCCAUAAAAAAAUCUAAGACAUAGGCAAAAAAAUUCUAAAAACACGGUGGGUAAAAGAAAUUAGAUGGAUCUCAAUUUCCAUUUUCUCCUUUUCUGUUUCACACUGAAAUAAAAAUGAUGAUGGGACGUAUAAAAAGGUGAGAAACUACAAUAUGAAUAAUCAAAUCCAACUUGUUGCUUGUGACUUGUGACUUAACAUAAGAUAAGAACUCAUCCUUUCUUUCUCUCUCAGACACACGACCCACACACACACACACAGAGAUUCACAAGCAAAAUCAAGAACCCUAAAAUCUAAAGAACGUCCUGACAUAAUCACACGAUCAAAAAUGGAGGGAGAAACCGCAGUGAAGGCAGCGGCAAGUUCCUCAUCAUCACCAAGCCGCUAUGAGUCGCAAAAGAGACGAGACUGGAACACUUUCCUACAGUAUCUAAAAAACCACAAGCCACCUUUAACCCUGUCUCGUUGCAGUGGCGCACACGUCAUCGAGUUCCUUAAGUACCUCGACCAGUUUGGUAAGACCAAAGUCCACGUCGCGGCUUGUCCCUUCUUCGGAGUACCGUACCCACCGGCUCAGUGCACUUGCCCUCUCAGGCAGGCUUGGGGAAGCCUCGACUCUCUCAUCGGCCGUCUAAGGGCUGCGUUCGAGGAAAUCGGCGGUGGUCUUCCAGAGUCAAACCCUUUAGCUGCCAAAGCGAUUAGGAUCUAUCUUAAAGAAGUACGUGAAACUCAGGCUAAGGCUCGAGGGAUUCCAUACGACAAGAAGAAACGGAAACGACCUCGUACAGCUAAGGAAACUCAGAAGCCCGAUGAUGGAGAAGGUGCCGGUGGAAGUGGAAGUGGUGAUUCUGCUUUGGUUAUUUCUGCAACUGUGGUAUAGUCCAAAUAUAAGAUGCUAAAACUAAAUAUAAGAAAACUUUGGCAUAGUAAUUCUCUCCGUGUUCUUUACUUUAUAAAUUUUAUAUGUUGUGUAGUCGUUUAUUUGAGUUGUAGAAUGCAAUUAUAAAUGGAAAAGACGGAUCAUAGAUUAUUAUAACA